AUGUCUUUACCGAUACGAGAAGCAGCAAAGACAAGUAUCUUGUCUAUGAAAUGGAGAGACAAGUGGCGAGGUCUUCCGAAUCUUGUAUUUGAUCAUUUUUCCUUCCAGGUAUCACCUGGUAAUGCAGCACUGAGUAGGGCUAAAGUGUUGUUCAAUAUCUAUCAAGUUCUUUUACUUCAUCGUGGCCCCAUUCCAAAAUUUACUCUUUCUAUUCCUGAGUUAGGAAGCUGUCCUGAGAUUGACCAAUUGGUAUUUUUCCUGCGUGACAAACACAUCCAGGAAUUUACCUUUCACAGUUGGGGUAUGGGACGCCACAAGUUGCCUUCAUCUUUCUUUUCAUACGAGCAACUGAGACACUUGAACCUAGCUUUUUGUCUAUUGAAAGCUCCACCUACAUUUGGAGGAUUUUCUAGGCUCAUUUCCGUUGAAUUUCAAGCAGUAGAUUUUGCUUCCAAUGUAUUUGAAAGUUUCAUCUCUAAAUGUCCUUUACUUGAACAACUCACAAUAGAUGACUGUCCCAAUAUUGGCUGCCUUGAGAUUGAUGCUCCUAAUCUCAAAUCUUUAACCUUCCAUGGUGUUUUCGAGUCUAUUUGUUUCAAAAAUGCCCCACGCCUUGAUUUUGUUGUGAUUGACUCAAUCUUGCAACUCCAUGGUGAAAAUGCUAUGUAUAACAAAGGGCAUGCCUCUAAUAUGAUUAAGGUUUUGGAAGGUCUACCUGCUAUUGAGUACCUAUGUAUCGGUUAUUUGUUUUUGAAGUACAUGGCUGUAGGAAAAUCGCCACAAAGGUUUCCUGCUAACAUUAACCAUCUAAGAGUUAUUGAAGUGCCUAAUAUGUGUUUUGGCAAGAUGGAGGAUGUAUCUUGUAUUCUUUGCUUGAUUAUGAGCUCCCCUAACUUACAGAAACUUGAGCUUGCAGCAACUUGUUUUGAAGAUGCUGCAGCAACUGAUGUUUUGGAACUUUUUGAAGAUCAAGAACUCUCAGAUGAUUCUUUGAAACAACUUCAAGAAGUGUGGAUAAACUCCUUCAUUGGAGAAGCAGCAGAACUAGAGUUUGUAAAGUUCCUGUUAGCCAAAUCGGUGGUGCUUGAGAAGAUACUGAUUCAGCCUCCACCAGGAAUUGUUGCUGAGGAGGGGCUAAAUAUUUUGAGACGGCUGACUCGAUUUCGACGUGCAUCCUCUAAGGCAGAAAUUAUAUACGUAAAUCCAGAUGAAGAUAGGGCCACGAUCGUAUCUCCUGUAGAUGUUUGUUAUCAGCUAGGUCCAAAGACUGAUGCAAUCAAGUCAGAAUUGCAGUCAGUUGCUUAG